AAAAGAGAAUAAGAAUCAAAAAUAAGAAAAUCAAAUAAAAAUAAAAAGUUUUUCUUUUUAAAUUUUCAUUUUAAGUUCUCAGUUGUAAGGAAUCUUUUGUGAUAAACAGAACCUUUUCACGAAUCAACAAAAAAAAAGAAACAAAAAAAAAUUGAAAUAUAAAAUAUUCAUAUAAUAUAAAAAAUUGAAAUUUUAAAACUUUUAAAAACAUUAUUCUUAGUUCAGUUUCAGUAACAGCUAAGAGAAGACGAUUAAAGUGAUUAGAUUCGAACUAUUUUGUACCACAUAAAAAAGUUGAAAAUAAAAAGAAGCUGAUUUUAGUUUUUCGUUAAGAAAAUAAAAUAAAAGAAGAAAUUUUAUAUUUUAUAUUUUUGAAAAUCGAAUACAAAAGUGAACGAGAACCCAGUGAAGUGAAAUUGUUUCUAAAAAGUGAAGUGAAUUAAAGAAAAAAAAAAAAAUUUUUUUUCUUUAUUUUUAAAUUCGAGUUUUGCUUUUGUUUAAAAUUAUUUUGUAUUUGUUAGAAAAAAUUAUAAAAUAAAUAUAAAAUGGCAAAAAUCGUACUAUUUUGCUUAUUGAGCAUUGUGGCGUGCAUAUCAGCGCAACGUAUAACAACAAUACAGUUAGAUGGUGUUCAAUAUUUUAUCAGUCGAAUGAAUCCAUAUUCACCGGAAUUAAAUUAUUUCUUAGCAUAUCAAUAUUGUCGAUCAUUGGGAUUACAAUUGGCAUCAUUUGAAACAAAAGAAAAAGUUGAAUCAAUGACACAAUAUUUACAAAAUGCUGGCUAUAGUAAAUAUGAUUUUUGGACAUCUGGUAAUCGUUUAGGUACCGGUAUGUUCUUAUGGAUGAGCACUGGUUUACCAUUUAAUGCAACAUUCGAUUAUUUUGAAAAUUCAUCUGAUGCAAUACAAGCUGGUCUUUUAGAUCCAAUUGAUCAUAAUAGUAAUACAGCACCACAAAGAACAGCAAGAGAUAGGUCAGUUAGUAGCAGCGGUAUGGAAAAAGGUUGUGUUAUACUUAAAGCACCAAGUUUAAAAUGGAUGCCAGAAGAUUGUUCAAUUGUUAAAGAUUUCAUUUGUGAACAAACUAGAUGUUAUUAUUAUAACUAUGGCAGUAUUCCAGUAUCAUCAGCGCAGGGGUAAAAC